UGUCGGGCCACGUCUUCGUCGUCUACAUGUUGGCGUUGCUGAUGAUGGCUGCGGUUGCUGUGCCUGCGGACAACAGAUAUUACAGCAAGAAUGACGACGACAACGAUGAUUCUCUCAGCUUUUCCUACUACCAUAGCAGCUGCCCCAAGCUCGAAAAAAUCAUCCACAAUAAGCUCCAUCAAUGGUUCAAAAACGACUCCACUCUCGCCCCUGCACUCAUCCGUCUCCAUUUCCACGACUGCUCUCUCCGAGGUUGCGAUGCCUCGGUCCUCCUCGAUCACGCCGGCAGCGAGCGAACAGCCGUCGCCAGCAAAUCCUUGAGGGGAUUCGAAGUAAUCGACGACAUCAAGGCAGAACUGGAGAAGCACUGUCCUCGCACAGUCUCCUGCGCCGACAUCCUCACCGCUGCAGCCAGAGACGCCACGGUGGCAGCCGGAGGACCAUUCUGGCAGGUUCCCUACGGCAGGAAGGACGGCAGAGUCUCCCGCGCCGACGAGGCGAAUGCCGUUCCUAUGAGCGGCCACGAGAGAGUCACGGAUAUGAUUGAGCUGUUCCAGUCGAAGGGCCUUAGCAUACUCGACUUGGUGGCGCUUCUCGGGGCGCACACCAUCGGAAGAAGCACCUGCGGUGCUCUGCAGCACAGGUUGUUCAACUGCAAUGGCACCGGCAAGCCUGACCCCACCGUUAACCCCAAGUAUCUCAACUUUUUGAGGAGGAAGUGCCGGUGGGCGUCGGAGUAUGUGGAGCUCGACGCCAGGACGCCGGAGGACUUCGACAAUCAGUACUACAAAAAUUUGGAGAAAAAGAUGGGGCUACUGUCCAGUGAUCAAAUGCUCUACUCCGAUUCGAGGACAGGUCCCCUUGUGAAUGCCUUUGCGAACCAGCCGGAGCUCUUCAGGCAUCAGUUUACCGCGUCUAUGAUUAAACUUGGUAACAUUCUGGAAUAUUCUGAUGAGGACGACGGUGAAGUUCGACUCAACUGCAACCGCGUCAAUGCGAAUUAAGUUUUCAGAUCCUGAUCCUGUUAUAUGCACAGGCAGCCAUUUUUCAGCCAAGCUAUAAUAUAUUACACGAUGCAUCACUUGUUUUUCCUAUUUUUGUCUUCGUUCAAUUGAAUUCCAAUUGCAAAAACCUUAUUUUCUGUUCCCAUGGUUGAAGGAGAUAUAGAUCACGAUUCAUGAACCACUCGUUUGAUGUAUAAUCGCUCCUCUUCCCUUCGGUUAUCUAUCAUCUAAUAGAUAAAUAAAUUCGACUUGGAGAACUGUAGUGUUAUA